AUGGCGCCCCCCAAAGCAGCCAUCAGCGAUGAGCAUUCAGCUCCGGACCUAGAAAUUGUCGGCAAGCAGGUCACCAUCCAUCCCUCUGGCUUUACGGGCGGGCCCGACUCUCAACAUGACACGAUUACCGAACGAAACCUCGUGCGCCAUAUGGCGCGAUUCCGCGCAAACCCCCUUGAAUUCCUUCGCGAAGUGAGCUUGUAUAUGUCGGGUACUGGCUGGCGCGCAUAUGAUGAUGUGAUUGGACAACCUGUCUUCUACUCGGGCUUCGGCGAGAGGAUGAAGUCUGCCAUCCUGGCUAGUCCAAUGUUGCAGGACAAGGUCAGAGAGCUGGCCAAUACUCGGCUUUCCGUAGAGGAAAAGGAAGGCCUGGUUGCGAUCAAAGAAGGAGCGAAUAUGGACGAGAAGCGGGCGCGACGCCGACAUGAGCUCGAAAGCGGCCUUCGCGAGGUGGUGGACACUAUGAUGGACAAUAUGAUUUGCAAGAUGGAAAGCAAGACGUUCAUUCGAGGCGCGUACUACAUGUGCACUCAACUCCUGACUCGAGCCUAUCACCAGGGUAUCCACGUAUCCAGUGAGGAGGUUCUGCGUCUACGAUCCGUAGCGGAGACUGCGGCGAAGAACAAGCAAUCUAUUGUGUUUCUCCCGUGCCACAAGUCUCAUGUGGACUAUGUCUCUCUACAGCUCAUCUGCUACCGCCUGGGGAUUGGUCUGCCGGUUGUUGUCGCAGGCGACAAUCUCAACAUUCCUCUAUUGGGCCCAUUCUUGCAGCAUGCAGGUGCCAUGUGGAUUCGACGCAGCUUUGGAAAUGACCCGCUCUAUCAUACUGUCGUUCAGGCUUACAUUGACACUCUUCUUCAACAAGGGUUCAAUUUUGAAUGCUUUAUUGAAGGCGGCCGAUCCCGGACAGGAAAGCUUCUUUCACCCAAAUUUGGUAUCUUGAACUUCAUCGUUGAAAGCGUGUUGUCUGGUCGCGUCAAGGACACCAUAAUUUGCCCUGUCAGUACGCAGUACGACAAGGUCAUUGAGACAGAAUCCUAUAUUAGCGAACUUCUAGGCCAACCCAAGCAGAAAGAGAAUCUGGCGGAUCUCUUGUCAUCUUCCUCUGUAUUGUCCUUGAAACUGGGUCGAGUCGAUGUUCGGUUCCACGAACCCUGGAGUUUGCGAGAAUUUUUGUGCCAACAGCUUUCCCGACUCAACCUCUCGGGUAUAGGCAGCGAUCUAAACCUUGCCCAUACCGAACGCGGUCGGAUCCUCAGAACGUUAGGAUAUCGCGUCCUGUCCGAAAUCAAUGAUGUUUCAGUAAUGAUGCCACCCGCGCUUGUCGGAACUGUUCUUUUAACGCUUCGGGGUCGUGGUGUUGGUAAGGGCGAAUUGGUGAGACGAUUGGAUUGGCUUUGUGACCGCGUGCGAGCUAAAGGUGGUCGGGUUGCCCACUUCUACCGCUCACCGACAGAAAUGGUGGUUGAUCGUGCCCUCGAUGUACUUGGACCUAAGCUAGUCGGUGUGAUCUCAGGAUUGGUGGAACCCACCUACUAUGCCGUUGAUCGCUUCCAACUAUCUUUCUAUCGCAACAUGCUCAUUCAUCUCUUCAUUACCGAGGCCUUGGUCUCUGUUGCGAUGUACACGAAGAUCAAGCAAGGCGGCGGGCCUACUAACCAGCGAAUCACAUUUGAAGCGCUAAAGGCCCAAGUCUCAUUCCUUUCGCAGCUCUUCCGUGGUGAAUUUAUCUUUCCUCCCGAGGGCUUAAUCACCAAUUUGGAAAAGACGUUGCACAGCCUGGAGGCGGAUGAUGUUAUUAGCAUUACCCGUGACAGUGCUGGUGUUCCGCAAUACGUAGAGCUGAGCGAUGCUGAGCGAACAUGCGGUCGAGAGAACUACGAUUUCUAUUGCUUCUUGAUCUGGCCUUUCAUUGAAGCAUCGUGGCUCGGUGCAGUGUCUCUCGUGGGGCUCACUCCUCCUUCGGAUGGUCCUCGAGAUAUCUGGAUAGAUAACAAGAAGGCACAGGACAGUGCCCAACUGCUUGGCAAAACUCUCUAUCACCAGGGAGAUCUUUCAUAUUUCGAAGCUGUCAACAAGGAAACCCUCAAGAACUCUUAUCAACGCUUCGAGGAAGAGGGGAUCAUUCUUGUAUCCAAGAACAAGGAGUCUCGCGCUGGCCCAUCACUGAGACUCGCCCCAGAGUGGACACCAGAGCGAGAUCCAGAUACUGGAAAGGUCCUUCCUCGCGGGCGUCUAUGGGACUUUACCGAGUUGAUCGCCCAAUCACGUCGCGAAGGUAAAAAUCGCCGUGAUGGUGCGACAGUCUCGUCGCGUGUUUUGACCAUGUCAGACGCUGUUGGGCGUGAGCUGUUCUUUAUCGCUGCGGCCCCAGCACCCGCCGAUGUAUCUUCUCGACAAAUGCGUCGCAAGGCAAUUGGCACUGAGUCGAAACUUUAG